AUGGGAAGCAGCAACUCAUGUUUUCAGGAAAGCGGAUAUUAUGACUUAUUAUUCACAGUGAGGACGGCUGUGCAGUUUACAAUCUCUCGCUACAAGUCUCCAUUGAGCUUGGAAAAUGUUCGCUUAAAUUAUCAAGUACUUUAUGGCUGCUCCAAUCGUAAUAAAGCUCGCGGCCUGCAACUCAUCCGUGCUCUUGAUGAGAUGAAAAACUACUCUGAAACUGCCCGUUCCUGGUCUGUCCUAUUGGGACCGCCACUUGGAGGCGACUGCAACAUUGUCUCAGACUGGAUAGCCAACGAAGCCAUCAGAUUCGACACCCACCACAGCCUAUAUCAGGUGACGUACUUGUGUAGGUCGGAAUCCAUAGGCAGACAAUUUGCCCAGGUGGAUCGUCCAUCGGUCCAUGAGAGCACGGAUCUAAAUCUGGCAUCAGUUUCUAUGGCGGUUCAGACCUUUCCCUUUGCAAGUGCAUUUCAAAUUCUGUUGCGUUAUUAUGGUUGGCAAGACGUAAUGGUGAUCUUCGAGGUCAGCGAGGUACGAAUACAAAAUCACGUGUUCGUCGAAGCUUUGCGAAUGUACCUGGCGUACUCGCCGCCGAAAUUUGCUCCAGUACGCAUCGUCGGAGUCUUUGCGCUCGAAUGCUCUGCGGAGUCUGUGUCGAAUUAUUUUUCUAAAGGCAAUACCGUUGAUGUAAUUUUAGUGAUCGCCAGGCCAAGUAUGACUUUGAAUUUCCUGAGAAAUAUGAAGUCAUUGAAAAUGCUCAGUUCUGGUAAGGUCGCCGUUGUACAGUUUGAUCCUUCUUCCUCAAAUGUCUACGACGCGCUGCGCGCCUGGCGUUUGGCCAUGAACUUCGAAAUGGAAAUUGGUGAAGCAGGUCUAUGCCUUUUCAUCUUGAACACCAAUCCUACCGGAUCAGGGUUCGACUUCUCGUCUCCAUAUUUGAACUCGGUGCGUAAGCAAAUGACACUGUCCUAG